AUGCCGAGCCUGCAGCAGCUCAGUUGCAGCAUCGAGUUAGCGAGCUCACACGACAAGCUGCGUGAGUACAACACCACUUACGGUGAUGGCUUCGUCGAGACAUUUGUCGCCGUUCCGGACUUUCCAAUCAGUUUCAGCAUCCAUCUCACUUCCAAGGGUUACAUCGCCCCUGGACUUGCCAUGUUUAUCUACAUGGAUGGCCUGUAUCAGUGCAAUCGAAAUAAGGGCGGGUGCAGGCUCGGGCGGGCGGCCAUAAAUCAAGAGGUGAACGACCUUGACUUUCGUGUCCGUCAAAAGGAAACGAAGAACCGUGACGGAACCUUCGUUGCUCGCGAGUGGCGCUUCGAGAAGCUUGACAUCGUGUCAGCAGAUGAACAAUCAGCCCUCAAUCCUGACGUACCAAGCAAUAUCGGCACUAUUGAAGUUGUUGUGCUUCGAUGCAGAGACACUCGCGACGCACCGCCGGAUCAGAUAUCCCGCAUGGCGCCCGCAGGGGGGAACGUCGCGCGACGCAUAAAUCCAGCCAGAAAUGCUCGGGGGCCAGCUUCUGUAGAGCAAAUUUCCUCGAACUUGGUUUCUAUACAGCAGGCAUCGCUAGCAGCAGACACAGACGUAGGCAGCGCUUCAGGCAUAUUUGGUCUCUUCGACGGCUCUGCUAACGAUUUGCCAACCAACUUCGGGUACGACGGAAACAACGAUGACCGUGGCCGGCCAUACUACCAUAAUAGAGGUCUUUACCAUGAUGAGCGUCGGAGUGACUGGACCAAUACGUAUCGUAGCGCACCCCAGAAACUUUUGCGUCCAACGGUAGACGGUGGGAGUUACUGCCAUGGGUACAGUCCCCCACGCACUGGUGGGUACCGCACUGGCAGCUACCACUACGGACGGUCCCCACCGCGAGAUAAUCGCUUUUCUAACCAUGAUUUUGGCCCGAGGCGGGAAGAGUACAGCCGUUCAUUCAAUUAUUACGAUGGUGACUGGCAACAACACAGCUACUCUGGGCACCUGCGAGAAUGUCCCCACCCUCAGCGGCGCAGAGACAGCAGUUCCUACUCACGUGUUGAAACACUUCCUAGCUCCUCUUUGGAGUCGUCUCGAAGAUUCUCCAACAAGACAACAUUCGACGAGCUUCCAGCACCAUCCCCUCCUAGCCAUGCGCCUCCGGUCGUCAUUAACCAGUAUGCCCUCUAUCCCAACGCGACCAGCGGACGGACUCACCUCGCAGAUGCCACUCAGUCCAGGGCUAGACGAGCAGCGUCAUCAUCCUCAGAGGUGGGCUUGGACUGGAAUAGAUCAGACGUUGAAGCUCGGCGUAACCCUUCACGCCAGCAUUACGAACUGGAUUUCCGCGCUGAUGAUUCUGAAACUGGCCGUCGAGUCAAUUCGCACAGAUAUCAGGGACCAACCGCGCCCUUUGACAUCCAGUCGAACCGUCAGAGACGUAUUUCUGACCAUUCCCAUAGCCACCAUCCCAGCUAUUGUCAGCACGAUUUGGACGUACAUCAACCGCAGCAAGACAAUAUGCGAGACCGUUCCAAUGGACCAGGUCCUCGGGCAUAUUGUGUCCAACAUGGUCUUAGCAAUGAUGAAGAAUGCGACUCUCCCGACCUGUCAGACCGGUUGAAGUGCACCUGCUCCGGUAGCAGCCAGAGCAAGACUGGCGGAAAAGGCAAUGACUUCAGCGCCUCACACAGCGGGGGAGACAAUACAAGCUCCAGUCAGCGGAUCAACGCUCAUAGCAGCGGAAAGCGUGCUGCGGCAGAGCGUCGAGGCGUUAAUACAGCAAAUCAUGGCCAGGUCGCCCGCAAUCAAUCCGGCCACAACCAUGAAAAGCGAGAUAAGUCCGGUCACAAUAGCGGCCACGGCUGGCGGAAUAUCAAGAACAAUGCCAACGCCAUCGGUAACAGCUCCAACGUCCGGUUGGACAAUAGUGGGAAGAGAUCCAACCAGGGAAACAAGACUGGCCUAGGAGACUCACAAAGGACGGGCUCCAACGAGCAGCUCGACUGGGGUCACAAUGACAAACUCAACAAUGGGAAUGCUAAGCAGAGCUCCUGCCAGUUGCAUGGCGAUGGCAAUCAAAAGUCUCAGUCCCGGCAUGGCAACGAUUCCGGUGCCAACGCCAUGAACGGCGGCGGUUGGACUUCGAACAACCAGAACCAGGAUGACUCUGGUGAUCAAAGCAAUGGAAACGACUGGGACGACGGGCCUAACAAAGGGAGUAACGGCUGGGAUGGCAAUGGCACGAGCGGUCAGCACGGCGACUGGCAGAAUGACAACAAAGUAAACGACUCGGACCAGCAGUGUCAGUGUCAGGAUCAAGAUUGGAACUCCAACUCAAACAACGAAGGUGGCAGGAACAACGGAGGUGACAAUGGCCAUUGGAACGCAGCCUCUAACGGCCAGGAUAACAAUGAGCAGGCCAACGGCACCUGGGGCGGGGCUGAUGAGACGAACGAACAAGAGAAUAAUCAAAAUGCCGCCUGGGACACGACCGAACGAUCGAACCAGCAGGAAGACGAGAGCAAGAACAACAACAAUGACACCUGGGGUGUCAGCAACACUCCGAAACACCAAGAUGAGUCGUCUCCGAAGGCCAAUGAGGACCAGCAUAAGGCUCACAUAUCGACCACCGUCCCUUACAAGACUCCUGGCACCUCUCAACCCCUCCUUCCGACAAAUUCACCUAAUACGCGCCCCUACUGGUCUACCUGGAACGCGACCCCCGACGAUCUUUCUUCCUCAGCCUCGAAAGCCCAUCGCCAUCGCUCCGAAAAGGUCUUCAUCGCCCCGGAAGAACCGUGCUACAAAAUCUCAAGAGACACCGUGGAGCGCCAACAGGUGGAUACUCAGGUGCGACCGGGCAAGGGGGUGGCGUACACGCAUAGCGUGAAGAGCGUUGAAUAUCUAGAUUCAAUCGAGAAGCCAUAUGCAGUCUUCAGAUUCAUGUACCGGAGCAGGGCAAUGCUUGAGCAGAUCCUGGGAUCCAGCAUCGAGGAAACCGAAGAGGAAUACAAGCAGCGCGUAGCUAGCAUGUCGAAGGACGAUGUGAUCGUGGAGUUACUGCGAACAAGGAAUGCGGCCGCCACUUCUUCGCCCGUUGCAGACAACAAAGCUCAUGGAGCUCAAGCGGCAUGGUCUCCCUCCUCUCAGCGUGGUGCCAAUGGCGCGUCCAGCGCGAAGGAUGAUGCAAGCAGAAAGUCGGGCCAGAUUCAGGAGAACCAGCGAAACAAGAAGAGCCACCAUGGCGACAGCUCUGCAGACCGCGACAAGGGGAAUUCAUGGGAUGAUGGCAAUAACGUCAUAACUCAGGGCGGAUGGGAUAAUGGUGGUGGUCAGAUGCCGAUGAAUGCGAACGGUUGGUAG